UAUGCUUCCAAAAAAACAUUAACUUAAUGCGUUAAUUACAAAUAUUAACUUGAAUAAAGAUCAUUCCGGUAGCAAACAUCAUUCAGUACGGUUCAAAUAAAUAAGAUGAAUAAGGUUCGAACAAAAUUGAAAAUUCUUGGACCUCGUCUGAAAUUUACUUUUGAGAAUCUAUCAGUUCACGGUCCCAACUUUUUGGUGCGGAAAGACGUUCAUUUCAUAUAUAGAUUCAUAUAUUUUCUCAUCUAUGUCAAUGUGUGGAUAGCCGCAGUUGCCUCAAUUUACAAGUACAUUCUAAGCUAUCAAGAAGAUAAAAUACGAUUUACUACUCGCACGAACUACCUCGAUUGGAAUACCACGUUUCCGUCCAUUACAAUCUGCGAAACUCCUAAUAUUAACAAAAUAUUAGAUACAGUCCAGAAGAUGAACGUUGAGAAUGCUCCUAACAUGGUAGUCCUCGCCACUGAUAUUGCAUACUUUAAUGGAGAAUGCCAAAGUUGCAAAUAUGACCUAGAUUUUCAAGGAAUAAGUAUUGAUUUUGUUGAUAUCACGAAUAUAUUUCAUUCUGAAUGUAAAGACCUUUUUAUCAGCUGCAUUUGGGACGAUAAACCUAUUAAUUGUUGUCAACAUUUUAAUUCCAUUCAAACGGAAUUCGGUCGAUGUUUUUCUAUGAAUAAUAAACAAAUUGAAGUUAAGUCUCCAAUGUCUUACAUAGCUUCGUCGAAUCAACGUAAAUUAGGUACGCUACAACUGGAACUAUCAGCAAACAGUGAAGCAUUUUUACAUUCUCAAGAGGAUGUACCGUAUUGGAAUAUAGAAUACGAUAGGCGCCUUUCAAUACCAUUUGGAAGCAGUGGUUCUAUACAUUUCUCAAUUGUGGAUGUAAAUAAUGACCCUGAUGUUUCCUUCACUCCUCCAGAAGUUCGUAAGUGUCGAUUCCCUAACGAAUUACCAGAAAAUUUUCUAGGUUACAAACACUACAGUUACUCAACGUGUAUCAUCAACUGUCGCAUUGAAGCCCAGCUCGAAAUCUGCAACUGUACAUCUCAUUUAGCUCCAAUAGAAUUCAAACCACGAUAUUGUGAUUUAGAUGGAUUGAAAUGUCUUACGAAAUACUAUGGAAUAUUGAAGAAACUGAAAGUACCUGGGUUCAACGAGACUGGUUUGAAUUGCGAUUGUCUGUCGUCUUGUGUUGAGCCCGAUUACAAUAUCGUUGCUAGAAAGAUAUCUGAAUCUGAAAACGAGCUAAAAGCUAGUAGUGUAAAAUUUAUUUUAAGCAACCAGCCAUAUGAAAUAGUGACCCGUCAAGUAGCUCGUACAACGCUAGACUUAGUAGUUGCCAUGGGAAAUUGUUUUGGGCUUGGUUUUGGUGGUUCAUUACUCUCUAUUGCUGAAGUUUUUUAUUAUAUAUGUUUUAAGCAAUGGAAAUACAUACGUGAAACAAACGAAUGAAAUACUGUAGCUAUUUUUAACUGAAAUAAAUACGACCAGC